GUGCUUCCUCCUCCUCCUCUUCCUCAGGUGGAGUACAAGAAGGACUUUGAGAGGAUGAAAGGCCAGAGUCAGUUUGUUCCAGGAGCAGAGGUGGAACACUCCCGGUCCAUCAGUGCUGUUAUAUCAGAGUCUAAGUACAAGGAGGAGGGGAGGAAGGAGGCGUCCAUCUCGCUCUACUCCAUCCUGCCUGAAACCCUCGAGACCCAGAGGGCUCGGGAGGUCUCCCAGCUGCAGAGCCAGAUCAAGUACAAAGGGAGCGUGAAGGCAGAGAUGUCGUCUUCUCUGUACUCCCUGCUGCCGGAGACCACAGAGACCCAGUUUGCCAAGGAACUGAACGACAUUCUCAGUGAGAACAAGUACAAGGAGGAGGGCAGGAGGGAGAGCCGCACCACGCUGUACUCCACCCUGGCGGAGACGGAGGAGACGCAGCGGGCGCGCACCGUCCAGGACUUCCAGAGCGAGGUCAAGUACAAGGAGGAGGGCAAGCGGAGGGCCUCUGUGUCCCUGUACUCCACGCUGGCCGAGACCCCAGAGACCCAGCACGCCAAGGAGGUGUCCCAGCUCCAGAGUGAGGUGAAUUACCAUGCUAAGGUGAUGGUGAAGGGAGCUCCGUCCUCCCUCUACUCUACGCUCCCUGACACCGCAGAGACACAGUUUGCCAGGGAGAUGACUGAGAUGCUGAGUGAGAACAAGUACAAGGAGGACGGUAAGAAGAGUCUCUCUCAGAGCAUCUACUCUCAACUCCCAGAGACCUCAGCCACCCAGUUCGCCAAGACCGUCUCUGAGCUACAGAGCGAGACCCGGUACAAGGAGCGUGGGAGGAAGGAGGGCUCCUCCUCACUGUAUUCGCUGCUCCCUGAGACCCUGGACACGGCCCACGCCAAGGAGGUGACCCAGCUCCUCAGUGAGGUCAAGUACAAAGAGGAGGGCAAGAAGGAGAUGUGUGUGAACCUGUUCUCCCUGCUCCCGGAGACCAACGACACACUCCAUGCCAAGCAGGCGUCCCAACUUCAGAGUGAGGUGAAGUACAAGGAGGGCCUGAAGGAGAGGACUCAGACCAGCCUGUACCACCAGCUCCCUGAGACCACAGAGACCCAGCUAGCCAAGCAGCUCUCUGAGCUACAGAGCGAGGCCAAGUAUAAAGAGCUGAGCAGGAAGGAGGUGGGCAGCAACCUGUACUCCCUGCUGCCCUCCACCAUGGAGACGCAGCACGCCAGAGAGAGCUCAGAGCUCCUCAGUGAGGGGAAGUACAAGGAGAGGGGUAAGAAGGAGAGGUCCUCCUCCCUCUACUCCACCAUGGCCGACACGCUGGAGACCAGCUUCGCCAGGGAGGUCACUGACAUGCAGAGUGAGAACAAGUACAAGGAAGACGGGAAGAAGAGUCUCUCUCAAAGUAUCUACUCUCAACUCCCAGAGACCUCAGACACCCAGUUCGCCAAGACCGUCUCUGAGACACAGAGCGAGGCCAAGUACAAGGAGGCUGGGAGGAGGCAGACUGCCAGCUCUCUGUAUCAGCAUCUCCCAGAAACCCUGGAGACCCAGCACGCUAGAGAGGCCUCCCAGCUACAGAGUCAGAACAAGUACAAGGAGGACGGUAAGAAGAGUCUCUCUCAGAGCAUCUACUCUCAACUCCCAGAGACCUCAGACACCCAGUUCGCCAAGACCGUCUCUGAGCUACAGAGCGAGGCCAAGUACAAGGAGGCUGGGAGGAGGGAGGCCAGCCUGUCCCUGUACCGUCUGCUACCGCAAACACUGGACACCCAGCACGCCAAGGAGGCUACCGACCUGCUGAGUCAGGUGAAGUAUAAGGAGGAAGGGAGGAAGGAGACGAGCUCCAGCCUGUAUUCCCUGCUGGCGGACACGGUGGACCUCCAGCUUGCUAAAGCUGCCUCUGAGCGUCAGAGUGAGAUUAAGUACAAGCAGAAAGGCAAGGAGGAUGCCAGCAGCAGUGCCUUCCACAAGAUGGCCGACACCAGGGAGAAUGAAUUUGCGAAGCAGAUCUCUGAGAUGCAGAGUGAGUCCAAGUACAAGAAGGACAAGGAGGAUCUGUCCUGCACCCUGCACUCUCUGCUCCCAGAGACACUGGAGACACAGUUUGUUAAGGAGAUGGCUCUCACACACAGUGAGAAUAAGUACAAGGAGGCGGGUAAGAAGGAGCUGUCCUCCCCUCUCUACUCCGUCCUCCCUGAGACCAGAGACAUGCAACACGCAAAGGAGCAGUCCCAGCUGUGCAGUGAGAAGGUGUACAGGGACGAGGGGAGGAAGGACGCUGGGACCAGUCUGUACUCCCAGAUGCCCCAGACCAUCGAGACCGUGUUCGCCAAGGAGCAGGGCCGCACCCAGAGCAACAAGCUCUAUAAGGAGCAGCAUAACAAGGAUAGAGGCAAGGCCAACUACAACACCAUGGAGACCAUCCCAGAGAUCCAACACGCUAUGGAGGUCCACAAGCACCAGAGCGAGGUGGGCUACAGGAAAGGUAAACAGGAGCUCCACAGCUUCGCUAACACACUUGCGGACCGUCCAGACAUCGUCAACGCCACCAAGGCUGCUAAGCUGGCCAGCGAUGUACUCUACAAGAGUCAGAAUAAACAGGCAGUCUACAACGCCGCCUCUGUCUUGGAAAGAUCUGACAUCCAACACGCCAAAGAGGCUUCUAAACUAGCCAGCCAGGUGAAGUACAAGGAGUGGUUUGACAGGGAUUUAAAGGGCCAGAAGCCCCAUUACAAUCCAGCAGACUGUCUGUCCUUCAAACACACACAGGCGGCCUCAACUCUUGCCAGCCAGGUGAAAUAUAAGACCAGCCAGAACCAGAGGGCCAGCGGUUCUGUGGACCUGCCCAACCUCCUCCACCUGGAACACACUCUGCACGCCAGCAAGCUGCAGAGCAACGUGGAAUAUAAGAGGAAGUAUGAGGAGUCUAAAGGACACUACAACACCGCUCUAGACACGGCUGAACAGCUCCACCACAGGGAGAAUGCGGUACUGCACAGUCAGGUGAAGUACCGGGAGGACUAUGAGAAAAACAAGGGUCACUUUCAGAUGGAGUUUGGGGACACUGAGACAUACAGGGUGUCCAAAGAGGCACAGAAGCUACAGAGCAAGAGGGAGUAUCGGAGGGACUAUGAGGAGCAGAUGAAGGGCAGAGCUCUGAUGGAAGUGGACCAGACCCCCGCCUACCAGACCGCCAUCCAUGCUAGCAGCCUGCUCAGCGAGAAAGAAUACAGGAAAGACCUGCACCAGGAAGUGAAGGGGCGGGGCUUGUGGGGCCUGGGACUAGAGGAGACUCCAGAGCUUUUGAGAAUAAAAAAUGCCACUCAAAUCCUAAACGAGAAAGAAUACAGGAAGGACCUGGAACAGGAAGUGAAGGGGCGGGGCUUGUCUGGCCUGGGACUAGAGGAGACACCAGAGCUUCUGAGAAUUAAAAACGCCACUCAAAUCCUAAACGAGAAGGACUAUCGCAAGGACCUGGAGAAUGAGAUUGUGGGCAAAGGCAUGGAUGUGACCAGCGACGUGAUGGAAAUGCAGAGGGCAAAGAGGGCCUCUGAAAUACAGAGCCAGAAGUCCUACAAGCAGACAGACCAGCUGAGGGAGAGCUCAUUCGGAACGGUCACAGACACCCCAGAGCUGCUCCACGCCGCCUACCUCAAAGAUGUUUACAGCCAGAAGAGGUAUAAGGACGAGGCAGAGAGGAUGAAGGGAAGCUACGCCACGUUCUCAGACGCUCCAGAGAGGGAGAGAGUGAAGACCAACCAGAGGAACAUCAGCUCUCUCCACUACUCCUGGGACUCCAAGGUCAUGAGAAGUCUGAAGUCCUCAGUCAGCGAGACCCCGGAGAUAAUCCUGGCCCGAGAGAACACCAAGAGGAUAAGUGAUGUCCAGUACAGGGAGGGGGUGGGCUGCGGGACCGCCGUGACCGACACACUAGAGAUUGAGCGGGUCCGAAGGAACCAGGAGAACAUCAGCUCUGUGAAGUAUAAACAGCAUGGAGGGGGUGUCAGUAACCUGGGGGUGACCCCGGAACUGGAGCGAAUCAAGCAGAACCAGGACAACAUCAGCUCGGCUAGUCUCUACCACAUGCACACAGGCACACUGUGUGUGUGUGUGUGUGUGUGUGUGUAUGCGUGGACACAGGUGAAGUACCAGCGGGGGCUUCAGGAGCAGAGGGGGCGGAGUUGCAAUGAGCUGGACACACCUGAAUAUAGACGUGUCAGGAAGUCUCAGGACUUCAUCUCUAUGGCCAAGUACCAUGAGGACUUUGAGCGUGCACGUGGCCGCGGAUCUACACCAGGAUUGGAUGAUCCCAGCACGGACAACUACCAACGGGCCAAUCAGAUGGUUGGAGAAGCGGCCUACAGCAAAGGGACACACCCACUGGGGGCGGAGACGGACAGGAGGCCUGGUGGCAUCAUCGUGGACCUAGCCGUGUGGAGGACAGAUCCAGGCUCCAUCUUUGACUUUGACCCUGUGGAAGACAACGUUCAAUCCAUGAGCCUCCGCAGAAUGUCUGAGCGGGCCAGCCAGAAACUGAGCAGACAGCCCUCUCAGCAGUCUUUGCAAAGUCAAACUCAGUCAUUCAGCUCUCUGACCUCUGACCUUUGGGAGCACAGCAGCAACUCCACACCUGCUCCUGUCCUUCCCGGAGCCUACAACCAGGGUGUUCCGCAGCAGGGUUACCAUGGCUACAUGCAUCAGACCAGCAUGUCCUCUGUCAGAUCCGUCACAUCUCCCCCGCACUCAGCUCCAAUGCGCGUGUACCGUGCGCUGUACGACUACGCGGCUCAGGACCACGACGAGGUGUCGUUCCGUGACGGCGACGUCAUCGUCAACGCCCAGCACAUCGACGAGGGCUGGAUGUACGGCACCGUGCAGCGCACCGGGAAGACCGGCAUGCUGCCCGCAAACUACGUGGAGCUUUACAACUAGUUACCACUAGGGGAGGGGU